GUACAAAUAGACUUCUAUCCUCUUCUAUCUACUUCUCCUAACCUAACCCCCAUGUCUUCUCGUCAAUCAAAUUACCAUCAUUUUCAAGCGAUAAGAUGAUUUAGUUUAUCGCCCUUUCAAGUACAUUGUUGGACUUUUUGUGCUGUUUACAACAUGUCGAAAGGAAAGCUUCGAAAUGGCACUGAGAUUUGCGGCGACUGCGGUGCCCUGGAACCUGGGUGGGCAUCCAUCAAUCGUUGCAUUUUAUUGUGCGAUGAAUGCUGCAGUAUUCAUAGAAGUCUUGGAAGACAUAUAUCUCAUGUGAAAUCUUUGAAGAAAGGGAAUUGGAGUCUAUCAAAUUUACUAAUGGUACGCACAUUGAACAACAGUGGUGCAAAUAGUAUCUGGGAACACACUUUAUUAGAUCCAUCAUCCAAAGGCAGCCGUCGUAAACCACAACCGCAAGAUCCCCUCCACACAACCAAAGCAGAUUUCAUUAGAGCAAAGCAUCAAUCCUUAUCAUUUGUGUUCCGGCCUUCUAAGGAUGACGUGUCAUCUGAUGAUGCUGAUCUUAGUCAGCAACUACAUUCAAGUGUUCGAACAAACAAUCUGGAGACUAGUCUAAGGCUCCUCUCUCAAGGAGCUGAUGCUAAUUUCUUUCACCCUGAAAAGCGGACAACCCCUCUUCAUGUUGCUGCCCAAGCUGGACAAGCAUUACAAGUUGAACUAUUGUUGGUGUAUGGUGCUAAUCCCAAUGAAGAGGAUCAGCAAGGGCGCACACCAGCCUACUUUGCAAGGUGUGCUGGUCAUAUGGAUUUAGCAGAACGUAUUAUUGAGUGCUUGUAUGAGGUCACAGAUCGUCUCUCAUUUUUUGUUUAUGGACGCAAGCCAGAACAUAGAACUGGUCAGCACCUCAUUUUACCAGAAAAAUCAAACAGUAUUGAAAUUGCUGAAAUUUCACAAGAAGCAAAGAUGAAGCUUCAACAGCUUCCUAAUCAACUCUUUGAAGAACUAGCUACAGAUGUUUAUGAUGAGGUAGACCGCCGAGAAACUGAAGCAGCAUGGUCAUGUGGACCAGUUGCAAUUGAGAAUGCUUCUGUGCCUUUUCUUCCUGUUAACCCUGAACUUUCUGCUACAAGAAACCAAGGUCGUCAGAAGUUAGCUCGAUUUAGCUCAAGUGAAUUUGCAGCUCUCAUUAUUGAUAUCCUAUCUGAUGCACGAAGAAGGCAAAUGUUUGCAUCUGCAUCAAGUCAAUUUGCUGGCAACUUAAAGCACCAAUCAGAGCUUUCAGAUGAUGAUCCAUUGUAUGAUAGUGUUGCAUCUGAUGAGGAUUAUGUUACCGCUGAGCAAUUAGCAAAAUGCUUAAAAGUAGUUGAACCUGGCAAGAUUGCUCGUCCUCAAUCGGCUGACCCACCUUGCAGCAUUCAAAGCACUCUUGACAAGACUCUGGAAGGUAAUAAUUUAGCUGUAGAACAAGACCUACGCCAAAAACUCAAUUCGGCAAAUGCCUGCAUUGAAGAUCUGAGAAUGGAGCUACAAAGAAUGCAGACAAUGGUUCACAAACUUGAAACUGAAAAUGCAGAGCUACGGCGUAUGGUACCUCAUUCAAUGUCUAUACCUCUUCCCAAUGGCCAUGAGUCAGAGCCUGUUCUUCAAUCUUCUCAUAUUCAGAGGCCAUCCUCAAUGUAUGAGCCAAGAGAAGGACUAAGAUCAUCGCCUUGGACAAAUUCCAAAAAUCAGGUUUUUCAGAGCUCAGUUCUUACCAUGCCUCUACCAGAAGAGGUAAUGCGGAGAACUGACCAGGUAACAAAACGUAUUCAGGAACUUUGGGUAUCAAUGCAAGAGCAAGGUGCUCCUGUUCUAAAUAGGGACACAUUUGUUCCCUGUGCUGAACGCAUACGAGUUGCUGUUGCUGAAUUAACAGCAAUAUUUCCAAAGAACCCCACUGACGAAGCCAUACGGACUGCACUUCGUGCCUUGAUAACCAACACAACCCGUCUGCAAACCGAUUGUGCUGGUUUGCAGAGUAGUAUGGGAACAGAUCGAGCUUUGUAUUUGCAGCAAGUGCGCUCAACAGCCUAUGAUAUUGCCAAAGCAACAAAACAACUAGUGUCAACACAGAUUCAACAACAACUUCAAGCCUCUUCACCUGCUCAUUCACCUCAGCCUCCUUUGGCUCAACAACAGAGUGUGUAGACCAUAUUCUAUCAAUUUCUUCUGAAGCUACUGGAAUUGUUUGUACAGUAAAUUGUGUUCAGUAGUGGUUCUAUACUUUGUAAGCACAGAUCUAUGUAUUAUGCUAUUUUUAUCUUCAAGACCAUUUCUCCAGUAGUUACCAUAUCCAUUCGAUUCAAAGUCGUGCCCUUUUUGUCCCAUUUUGAUAGCCAAGAGACAAAGUGUUGCUUUGAACCGAUUUGCCCAUUUUGCAGAGGUCUUAUUGGAGUUUUUCUUAUGGCCCCCCCACAAAAUAUGGGGCGAGCUUUCCUCCGGCUGUGGCUUAGUAUUGGAUGAAUACGGUACAUAUGCAUUUUACUUAGGAUUUAUCUUUAGUUUUGUGUUUAGCUCAGACGUUGACUACUGGGUUAUUGUAUCUCACAUAAUCCUAAAUGCAUUCUGAGAUUUGUUAAGAUUCAGGUUGAUUGGUUGUGUGCAAUUUUAAAUCUAAUAUUUUACUAGAUGUGCCAAUCACACAGAUACCUGUUACAAUUGAACCUGUGUAGAACCUGUGAUAUGUAUUAAUUCAUUAAUUCAAGGGUUAUGUUUUCCCCAUAUUCAGAUUGUAUUUGUUCUUGUUGAGUUAUAUUUUAAGUUUUUGACCGAGCAGAAAAUUGUCAUAUUAUCAUAGUAAGUAUGCAUUUUGACAUGUGGGUUCAUUUAUUUGUGAAUUUAUUGAUGCUUAUACUUUACUCUUUGAAUUGUCUCUCUCUGACGUUCCUGAUAUGAGGUAAGAAUGUAUAGAUGUUAUACAUUAAAACUGCAAUUGGCAACCCAGCAUCAAGUAUGGUUGCAAGAAAACACCACUGAUCGCCAUUUCAUUUCCUAUUAAAGCUUUGUUUUAUCGCCACAAUUGUUUAGCUUGGUAUCUGUUUAUGUUUAUUUUUAUGAUUAUUGACUGACUUCAAAAUGGAAAUGUUGUGUAUGCUAACGUUAGUUAGUUGAGUUACCAAUGCUGUAUUGAUAGAUUGUAUUAAUCAUCCCCUUAUUUAAGAGUUUCAUAGAUUAACAUCAUAACAGUUUUUAGGAAGCUCUUUGCCAAUUGGUCUGCUCUAGAAUGUAAACCCAUAGAAAUUACAUGCGUAUCAAUUUAAAGAUCUUCAGUUCAUUUUGUAACUGCUCCUUCUAACUUGAAGAUCUGUACUUGUUUUGUUAUUAAUUAUUGUUUUCCAUUUUAUUUAUCAAUCAUGACAUGACAUAACAGUGUUAACUAUCAGUACCCUAACUGUAAUGCAGUGCUUAUUCUAGUGGUCAUUCACUAACUGUUUUAGUAUGAUGGAAGCGUUCUGAGGUCGCAUAACUGGAGUGAAGUUAACAUACAUUUUAUAAAAUCAUGUAGGCAAAAGUGUCAUAGCAAUGUAUAUAUAUGUACAUAUGUAUUUUAUUGCGUGAUAUUUUGAUAGCCAGUAUUUGGAUGGAGCAAUUCCCCUAUGUCUAAGCGUGAAAUAUGAACUGAGUUAGGUACUAGCAUUGAAAUUACCAGAGGAAAUAUGCAUUCAGGAGUGGAAUGAAUCAUAAAUAUUCUUCUGGUGAAAGAAUGUUAUGAAAUACCAUUAAUGUUAUACACCUUCUACAAACAUUCAUAGCUUUCCUUGAUUAUCAAUAUUUUACAAUAUCACAGUCUUAUUUUACUCUGACUUUGGUCUUUGGUAGAAGCUUGCUAAAGGUACCUAAAUGUCCAAAACAUGAUUAUGCUGUUUGGGGCCGCCUGGAUAGUGAUAAAUACAUUAAUGUUAAAAUCAAAAGGUUUCUAUAAGCAAUGUUCUUAUAUAGUUUCAUGAUUACAACAUGUUGUACAACACUAUCUUUAUAAAUACUUGUCUCUGUAUUUAUCACUUCUGUUACUCACGCUUCAUUUAUUGUUUAAAAAAAAAGGGUAGGUUGUGUCAAGUCUGUCACUUAAUUUUGUGCCAAUCGCCAUGCAAUGGAUCAUAUGUUUUUUAGUAUUAGUAUAGUUGUCAAUUAUGAAAUGAUCAGGGCACAAAAUGAUACUUAUGUUCAGAUAAAGUACAUUUUUCACUAACAGAUCAAA